AUGAAGCGCGCUCUCGCCGCUCUCCAGCUGCUGGGAUACGUCUGCCACGCCGUGAGCGAGUGCACCUUGCCGGCCUCAGAGUUCCACCUGGAUGGAGAUUAUCUGAUCGGUGGAAUCUUUAAAAUCCACUAUGUCUACCCAGCAGUGCCGCCUCAUCGACGGCCGGAGAGCCUCCUGUGUUCCAGCCAGCUCUUCAGCCCCGAGGAUUAUCUGCGCUUUCAGGUGAUGAGAUUCUCCGUGGAGCAAAUCAACAACUCGACUGAGCUGCUGCCGAACGUGUCUGUUGGCUAUCACAUAUUUGACCACUGCCACAACGCAGAGAACUUCCCCAACGUCCUCGACCUGAUCUCGGUCAACGGCUCCAUCAAACCGUGGGAGGAGGUGAAUGGCAACGGGUCGGUACCCCCCGAGGUCAUCGCGGUGUCGGGUCCGUUUACCAGCACAGACACCCUGACGACGGCUCCGCUCUUCAUGAUGGACCUCUUUCCUCUGAUCAGCUACGGAGCCGCCAGUUCCGUCUUAUCGGGGAAGGCCAAAUACCCGUCGUUCAUGCGCACGGUCUUCUCCAACAAAGAAAUCAUCACCGUCAUCGUCAACAUCAUCCAGCACUUCAAAUGGCGCUGGGUUGCUUUUCUCCGGAGCGACGAGAGUUUCGGCAACAACGGCCUGGACCUGUUCGUGAGCGCGAUCCAGGGCACUCAGAUCUGCCUGGCCUACAGCAAAGGGCUCCGGUCCGAUUCCAAUUACACCCAAAUAUUCCAGCAUAUCGAGCAUCAGAAGAUCAACGUCAUCAUUGUUUUCGCGCCACAGCUGGCGGCCGAAGAUCUGGUCGGCUGGGCGGUGAAGCACAAGGUCAGCAACAAGGUCUGGCUGGCGGGAGACACCUGGGCGCUGAGCAAGAAGCUGCGGGCGAUGGAGGGCAUCGACCAGAUCGGGACGGUCAUUGGGAUCUCUCAGAAUGAGAAGACCAUCCCUGGAUUCAGCGACUUCAUACACGCCACCAGAGGCAGGAGCUACGGUCCACGUCAGCAGAAGUCUUGCAACCAGGUCUGUAACUGCAGCAGCCUGACCCCGGAGCAAAUCCUGGCCUCGGAUCAUUCCUUCACCUUUUCAGUCUACUCCUCCGUGUACGCCAUCGCACACGCUCUGCACAGGCUGCUGAACUGCAGCGGCGGCUGCCACAGAAACGCCACCGUUUAUCCAUACACGGUCCUCGCAGCUUUGAAGAAAUCAAACUUCACUCUUCUAAAGGACAGAAUUAAGUUCGACCCAAACGGAGACCCGCUGUUUGGCUCCUACUUGCUGGUUCACUGGAACAAGAGCUUGGAUCCGGAUCCCAUCGGCUAUUACAACUUGGAAAAAAGGGUCCGCUUCUAUAUCAAUGACAGCAAAAUCGAGUGGUUCACGAAUGCGGGCGUGCCGACGUCACUGUGUUCUGAAGAAUGUUUGUCGGGAUACAUGAUGAAGCAGGAUGGAAUCCACAAAUGCUGUUUCACCUGCGAAAUGUGUCCUGAAGGAACCUACGUCGACAUCACAGAGGAUCCGUACCAGUGCAGCGCCUGCAACCAGACGCAGUGGUCAGCAGCUGGAAGCAUCUCCUGUAACCAGCGGAGGCUGGAGUUCGUCCCCUUCUCCGACCGAUGGGCCAUCCUCAUUCUGUUUGGAGCCGCGGUCCUGGUGGCCCUCAUCCUCGCCGUGUCCGCCGUCUUUGCCGUCAACUACAACACGCCCGUGGUGCGGUCCAGCGGCGGACCCAUGUGCUUCCUGAUUCUCGCUUGCCUCUUCCUGUCCAGUCUGAGUGUCAGCUUUUAUUUUGGCGAGCCGGCCACGUCCUCCUGCUCGCUCAGGUUCCUGCCCUUCGUCUUGUUCUACACCGUUUGUCUGUCCUGCUUCGCCGUGCGGUCCUUUCAGAUUGUUUGCAUUUUCAAGAUGGCCAGCAAGUUCCCCAACCUGCAGAGCUACUGGGGGAAGUACCACGCUCAGUGGCUGCUCAUCGCCAUCACGGGUGCCACUCAGUUCUUCGUCAUCGUCGUCGGCUUCGUUCUCGACCCCUCGACCCCUGAGGCCGACACCUCCUGGUCCCAACAGGAAAUCAUCCUGAAGUGCGUGUUGAACUUCAAAGGCUGUGUGGCUCCAGCGAUGCUGCUGUCAUCCCUGUGUGCUCUGUGUUUCGUUUUCUCCUACAUGGGGAAGGACCUCCCCAAAAACUACAACGAGGCCCAAGCCAUCACCUUCUGCCUCAUGCUGCUGACCCUCACCUGGGUCACCUUCAUCACCAUCUUCCUGCUGUACCAGGGCAAACACCUCCAGACUCUCAACGCCCUGGCCGUGCUCUCCAGCCUCUACUCCUUCCUGCUGUGGUACUUCCUCCCCAAGUGUUACAUCAUCCUCUUCCAACCAGAGAAAAACACACCGCAGUACUUCCAGGGUCUCAUCCAGAACUACACCAAAACCAUCAGCCAGUAGUGGUUUGGUGGCGGGAAACUGUGGCACAGUAGCGCUGACUUUGGGCUGCAUCUGGCGCCAC